AUGGCUCGUAUAUAUUAUAAAUUGUUGAACAAGCUGAAAACCCACAUCCGGAAACGUCAUCAACGAGCCACCUCUCCGUUCUGCAACCUGCCCGUUGAACUGGUCGAUCAUAUCAUCCAGCACCUCGAUCCAGCAACGUUAUGUUCAUUUAGAUUGGCUUGCAAAGACUUGUAUGAGUUAACACUCCCCCAAUUUGGAAGCAAAUACAUCGACGGGAUCAUCCGAACGGACCUCUCCGUGCACAGUCUCGAUCGAUUGCGCACACUCGCGGAUAAUCCGAGACUAGGGCAAUAUGUCCACCGGCUAUUGGUCACUAGUGAGGAUACGAUAUACGGCAAGGGGAUCAUCUGGAAUCGACAUGCGGACGGCCAUCUCGUGGAUCCUCUCCGCCAGGAUGGAGUACAGCAACUGCAGAGAAUCUUGAGAUCUUGCGUUAACUGCACCUCUUUCCAGAUUGAUGAUUCCAUGGCAUCGGAGGAUAAAUACGAGGACCAGUUCCUGACGCGCAGUGAUGUUCUUACCAUUCUGUUGAAUAUUAUUGCUGAUACGGGAUUACCGACGACGUCGUUUCUGGUAGAU